GCGAGCCCCUCCCACCUAUAAGAAGGCUCUGCGGAGAGGAUUGCCGCAGCCGCAGCUCCGCGCUGAGCCCCGCCGCACCGAGCCGCCGGGACAGCCCGGACCCCCAGCAGCAACAUGCGCGAGUGCAUCUCCGUCCAUGUCGGCCAGGCCGGCGUCCAGAUGGGCAACACGUGCUGGGAGCUGUACUGCCUGGAGCACGGCAUCCAGCCGGACGGGCAGAUGCCCAGCGACAAAACCAUCGGUGGAGGGGAUGACUCCUUCACCACCUUCUUCUGUGAGACCGGGGCUGGGAAGCACGUCCCGCGGGCCAUCUUCGUGGACCUGGAGCCCACUGUGAUUGAUGAAGUUCGGGCUGGAAUAUACCGGCAGCUCUUCCACCCAGAGCAGCUGAUCACCGGCAAGGAGGAUGCUGCCAACAACUAUGCCCGUGGGCACUACACUAUCGGCAAGGAAAUCAUUGACCAAGUACUGGACAGGAUCCGGAAGCUGGCUGAUCAGUGCACAGGCCUCCAGGGGUUCCUCGUGUUUCACAGUUUUGGAGGAGGCACUGGCUCGGGAUUCACUUCCCUGUUGAUGGAACGACUCUCCGUUGACUAUGGCAAGAAGUCCAAGCUGGAGUUCUCCAUCUACCCAGCACCACAGGUCUCCACUGCCGUGGUGGAGCCCUACAACUCCAUCCUCACCACACAUACCACCCUGGAGCACUCAGACUGUGCCUUUAUGGUGGACAAUGAGGCCAUCUACGACAUCUGCCGCAGGAACCUGGACAUCGAGCGCCCAACCUACACCAACUUGAACAGACUCAUUAGUCAGAUCGUCUCAUCCAUCACAGCAUCACUGAGGUUUGAUGGGGCCCUGAAUGUUGAUCUGACUGAGUUCCAGACCAACCUGGUGCCCUACCCUCGCAUACACUUCCCACUGGCCACCUAUGCUCCUGUCAUCUCUGCAGAAAAGGCAUACCACGAGCAGCUCUCAGUGGCUGAGAUCACCAACUCCUGCUUUGAGCCAUCCAACCAGAUGGUGAAGUGCGACCCUCGCCACGGCAAGUACAUGGCCUGCUGCCUGCUGUACCGUGGCGACGUGGUGCCCAAGGAUGUCAACGCCGCCAUUGCCACCAUCAAGACCAAGCGCAGCAUUCAGUUUGUGGACUGGUGCCCCACAGGCUUCAAGGUGGGCAUCAACUAUCAGCCCCCCACUGUGGUGCCGGGGGGGGACCUGGCCAAGGUGCAGCGCGCCGUCUGCAUGCUGAGCAACACCACGGCCAUCGCCGAGGCCUGGGCUCGCCUGGACCACAAAUUCGACCUGAUGUAUGCCAAGCGAGCCUUCGUGCACUGGUACGUGGGGGAGGGCAUGGAGGAAGGGGAGUUCUCUGAGGCCCGGGAAGACAUGGCCGCUCUGGAGAAGGAUUACGAGGAGGUGGGCCUGGACUCCUACGAGGAUGAAGAGGAGGGUGAGGAGUAGAGAAGCCCCCACCAACAAGGACCGUGCUCCUUCCCUGUGUUACCUGCAGAAACCCUUUGCAAUAAACCGUUUCAGAGCCCCCAUGUCUCCCACUAA